AUGGAUCUAUUGGUAAACGAGGAAAAUUUGCAACAAAUAUUGAACAAGUUGUCUGAGGAUGAGGUCGCUAUAAAAAAAAAUCUGGAUACAAUCCUUGUUCGACGAUGUCAUGUGGAAGCAAAACUACAAAAUAUUGGCAAAGUAUUGCCGAAUGUUAUGGUAAUACGAACAGAAGGGGAGAAAUUUUGCAACAUGAUUGCUCGUACCAAUGAAUUAGCAGAGAAUGUUAGUGCUAAAGUAAGACAAUUGGAUUUAGCAAGAAGCAGAGUAUGUGAAUGUCAAAGUAGAAUAAAUGACAUAUUAGAUUUGCAAUUAUGCAGCGAAGGAGUGGCGACUGCAUUGCGUAAUGAAGAUUAUGAACAAGGUGCUGCUCAUGUUCAUCGUUAUUUAGCAAUGGACCAGCAAUUAUUGGAAAGAACAGCUGAAGAUGUAUCAGGAGAUCAUACUAGCAUUAGCAGUUCUUUGGUUACCUUGCAGCAAGCUGCAAUGGAACUUAGGGCUGUUAUUACACAUAAAUUUGAUGAAGCUGUAAAAUCUGAAGAUCUCGCAUCCGUUGAGAGAUUUUUCAAGAUAUUUCCAUUGUUGGGGAUGCAUUUAGAAGGGCUAAAAAAAUUUUGUAGUUAUUUAUGUACCAAACUACAUGAGACUGCACAGAAGAAUCUACAAGCGGCCCUAGAGAUUAAAAGCAAUGAUAAAAGAGCAGCUGUUAUUUUUGCUGAUACUAUGACUCUAUUAUUUGAAGGAAUUGCACGUAUUGUAGAGGUGCAUCAACCAAUCAUUGAGACUUAUUACGGCCCUGGUAGACUUCUAAUGACAAUUUCGAUUUUACAAAAGGAAUGUGAUAGACAAGUCAAAAAGAUUAUUGCAGUAUUUACGAAACAUAGAUGCAUAUCUAAGAAUGUACAAAUGAUAAAUGAAUAUUUGCGGAAACCAAGUCCUGAAAGGCUCGAUCCCAAAGAACUUGAUCUUCUUUUGGGAGAAAUUACUAUAAUGCACUCGAGGGCGGAACUUUAUAUACGUUUUCUAAAGAGAAGAAUUAAGAAUGAUAUAGAAAUCAGUACAACAGAUGAAGCACAGCGUACAGAGUUACUUAAUGAAUUUGAAACAACUAUGAAUAACUCUGAAUUAGCACAUGGCAUGCAAGAGUUGCUUGGAGCCUAUCUUGCAUUAGAGAGAUAUUUUCUCGAGGAGAGUGUAAAUAAGGCAUUAGGCAUAGAUACCUUAGAACCAGAUCAGCAAACUUCCAGCAUGGUUGAUGAUGUAUUUUUCAUAGUGCAGAAGUGCAUACGUCGCGCUAUGUCAAGUUGGAGCAUAGAUGGUGUUUGUGCUGUUGUCAAUAUGGCUUGUGGUAUUUUGGAAGGCGAGUUUGCGAACAGAUUGAGGAACAGAUUGCGUCAAGGUUAUCCAGCAGGCUAUCUAGAUUUAGCACAAGCAUAUAGUGCUCUACAAACGAGCAUACAACAUGGACGUUUGCAGACGUCAGAUACAGAAUACGCUCGUCUUAUGUUCUUGGCAUAUCUAAAUAAUACUGAUGUGAGCACAGAAUAUGUGGAAACAUUAUGCAAAAGUCUCAGUACAGAAAUAGAUACAACAUUCCCCAAUAUGCAAACAAAGGAUAGAGGCAAAAUUGACAGCUGUUUAUCCAGUUUGAAAAGUGUCAUAUUGAUAUUACGGGGUAUUAUUGAUUGUGGCCUAGAACAGUUACGCGUCAGCGCUGUUAAACCCAGAGUCACUCCGUGGCUUGAUACGUUUUUAUCUAUAGAUCAUCAUAUUAAUGAAGACGAAUUAUUGAGAUAUGAAACGGAUGAACCAUUUGUGCAAACAUUAAUCACGAAUCUAGAAGGUCUACUUCGAGGAUUUAAAGAUAGUCUGACGACUUCCAAUUAUGAUGCACUUAUUGGACUUCUGACUGCGGAAGUUACGGCUCGUUUAGAAAAAGUGGUCUUGAAAUCAACUUUUAAUCGAGCUGGAGGUCUGAUACUAGACAAGGAAAUAAGAUCGUUAGCCAGUUAUUUAGCGGCUGCCACAUCGUGGUCAGUGAGAGAUAAAUUCGCGCGUUUAACGCAGAUCGCCACUAUCCUGAGCAUAGAAAAAAUAGAGGAAUUGGCCGAUUACUGCGGCGCGGACGCGAUAGCGUGGCGAUUAACGCCAUCCGAAGUACGACGUAUCGCUUCCCUAAGAAUAGACUUUCGACCAGAAGAUAUCAAGAGAUUAAAGUUAUGAUUUAUUAUUCUCUUUAUCAUCCAAUAAUAUCUGAAGCCACGGCGACAGCUAUAUGUUUGCGCAAUUUAAUCAAAUAUUCAUUUUACGUAUAUGUAUAUAGAACGAAAUAUAUGUUAUUUAUUAUGAUAUAUAUA